AUGGGCAACAUCUGCGGCAAGACCGAGCCAGAGCCGGAUGCUCAAGCCGGACGCCGCCUCGGCUCAGCUCCACCUCCGGGCCCGAAAACCGCACGCGUCCCCCAGAAAGUCGGCGGCCCUGCGCGAACCCUCGGCGGUGCUGGCGGCGAUUCUGGCAGUGACCCGGGCGACGCGCGGAGGAGGGCUGCCGAGGCCGCCGAGGCCCGCGCAAAAGCUUCCACUAAAGGCGGAAAGCUCCAGUCGCAGCUCAAUGCGCAAAAGAAAAAGAACCUGUCCAGCACCCUCGCCGAAGCAAGCAACCAGGAGCUGCGCGCCAGAGAAGCAGACGAGGCCGCCCAGGCGCGAAACUGGGAUUAG